GGGGCAAGCACACUCGUUUGGGGUCAUCCUUGGUUGCCUGAUAAUGGUCAUCCGAUGAUUUGUUCCUUUAUGCCGGACCAUCUUUGCGGUACUACAGUUAAUUGCUUGAUAGACCCAGCCUCGGGUGAUUGGGACCUUCACCUAUUAUGGGAUUUGUUCUCGGCAGAUGAGGUUAAUCGCAUUUUGCGUAUCCCCAUUAGUCCGAACUAUGAAGAUGAUUGGGUUUGGCGUGAAGACCCGAAGGGAUGCUAUUCGGUUAAAAGUGGAUACAGAACUCUAAUGGGAGAAGAAAGUGCCUACUCAUUGGGCUUCACUGCUUGGUCCAGGUUUUGGAGCUUGAAAGUUCUCCCUAAAUGGAGGUCCUUUAUCUGGAGAGCCGCUAGGGAUGUUCUUCCUACCACCACCAAUCUUUGUGCUAGGAAAGUUAUUGUGGAUCCUUUAUGUUCUAUUUGCGGUGUGUAUGUGGUGACUGUCACGCAUUCCCUUGUCACUUGUGUUUAUGCUAGGCAGGUGUGGAGAGAAUCUGGAUUGUCAUUGCAUAAUGGGUCAGGAGUGGAUUUCCCACAGUGGUUACAAUCGGUGCUGAGCGCAUUAAACCAUGAGGAAGUAGAGCUGGCUAUUGGGGUUAUGCACGAGAUUUGGGAGGCACGAAAUUCAGUAGUCUGGGAGAAGAAAUUACCAACCCCUCGAGUCACUUGCACCUUGGCGCGGGUCAAAUUGGCAGCUUGGAAGUCAGCCCAAGUCCCUUCUCUUCUCCUUGAUAAUCGUCAGCAGUCGGAUGAAACUUCGCUCAGUUGCUUCCCUACCUGCUAUGUUGAUGCCAGCUUCUCACAUGCUUCUGGUUCAGGUACGUUUGGUGCUGUACUCUACUCUCAUAAUGGAGCUUUCUUGGGGGCUGUGAAUGGACCCCUCUCCCGCUGCUUGUGUCCGUUAUUGGCAGAGACGAUGGCUGCUAAAGAGGUGCUCAUUUGGUUAAAGUCUCGCGGGGUGACGUCUGUUCGGGUGCUUUCUGAUUGUGCAACCUUAUGUCACAACAUGGCAAAUCCUUGUAUGGAAGAGCGUUCUUAUAUUGGCAUCACUAGUUCGGACUGCAGGAAACUUAAACAAGGAUAUAAUAAUUGUUCCUUCAGUUUUAUUCCUCGAUCGUCUAAUUUUUGUGCUCAUUCUCUGGCUGCUGCUGCCUAUGGGCAAACUUCUAUUGUGUAUUGGGAUUCUUCCCCUCCUGACUUUGUACCUCUUCAAAUUUAAUAUAGUUUGCUUGUUUUCAAAAAAAAAAUCUACUAUCCACCUAGAAGAACAUAGUCUAAUAGUACAUCUUUAAAAAGAAAUAAGAAAAGAAGAAAGAGAAUCCAUUUACUUUUGGGUUUUAACGUCUUCGUGUUCAUCUUAAAUAAUUUACUCUGAGGAUA